ACGCGAUAGGCCAACCCCUGUAGAAAUAAAGUGAGCUGCAAACGCGUAGGAGCCUCAACCUUAGGCCGUACUCACACCCAUUCCCACGUAAUCCGCAUCAUUCUCAGCCUUGCCACCUUUGAUUCACCACUGUUGUUCUUUUCUACCGCGAUAACUAUUCCUCGCUAUUCUCCGCCGCCAAUUGCAUUCGUUGUUUCCCAGCGCGCCACUAUUUAGCCUCCGAGUUCGUUCCUAUCAUCCGCCUGCAGACUGCCGUUUGAUUGCUGUUUGUCCUGUAGACUUCUGUGAAAACUCGGCGGUUUCAGAGAAUCGACGUCAUGUCGAAACAGAAGCAUGCGAUCGAGUUCGAAAAGAUCAUCAACGAUGGCCGAGAGCGCAAGCGUAACGAAGAGCUAGCUGCGCGGAUCUUCACCAAGGACAACCAGCGCAGAGCCAGUGCACCCUUGAAAAGCGGCCCUGGUGGUUCGCUCGCAAGCCGAGUUGGUGUCAAAAAGCGCGUAUCUACGGGGGCCCGCGUCCCAGCUGGCAAUAUCAAUGGCGACUGGACGCAUGAUCUUCACAGUAGCACACAGGACGGCCGACGGUCCGGGGCACAGAAACCGGCGCCUAAUUCCCUGGCUGCUCGAGUCCAUGCUCCCGGCACGACUCUUCCGAAAAACAGGUCCGGUGCACAGAAUACACGCUCGAAUCGCACAAGUAAGUUGGCGGAUGCCUACACAAGGGCUGCAGCCUCGAACAAUGCCCAACAGAUAAACGUUGUUGAUCCUCAAGAUGGGCGCGGCAUCACAAUAAAAGGGUUGGCAGGCCCCUUCGCAGUACUAGCACAAAACUUUGCGCCAGGCACGACAGCUGCCGAUAUUGAGAGCGCCCUGACGCCCGUAGGAGGACUCAUUAGUAAUUGCCGGCUACUCAAGACACACCCAAUUGUCAUUGCAGAGAUAGUCUUCGAGAGUAAAGAGGGUGCUGAUCGUGUCAUACAGAGUUUUGACAAGCAAACAGCCGAUGGCCGGACAUUAAGUGUCUACAUGAAACCUGGUGGCUACACACCACCGCCUAAAGGCCCUCGUUCUCAACGUACCAAUGAAACCCGUCUUGCUGGCAAUAGUGUUCUUAUCGACGGGUCUAUGGGCUUCAAUGACCCCAUGGAUGUGGAGGAUGUAAGGCAGGGCUUGUAUAGUGAUAACCUAGUCUCUGCAAAUCAGGCGAAGGCUGGUAAUAAUAACAGUGCGGGUUACCGCAGAGACCGUAGCUUCCGGCAAGGGCGAUAGGACGCUUCGAUUGAGGAUAGCUGGUCCAACGGCCGCACUGAAUCGACUUAUGAAAACUUCGACCACAGCACGGGCUAUGACGCUGCCAUGGAUAUGGAAAUCUACUGAUGGGAAUGUUUCUUUCAGGCGCCGUUCAUCUGGGAAUAUCCGUCUUGUUUCACUAGAACAGACGAGGCACCAGAGGUGGAUGGCAACAUGGUUCCAUAUAACUGAGAUUCCU